AUGGGAGACCCCUUUGGCCACUGGAGCAACCCCCCGUACCAGAGCGAAUACGACAGCUCCCCGCUCCGAAGUUCCAACAGCUUCGCCCGCCCCAGCGGGAAAAGCAUCUACAACCAGCGCAAGGACUACAGCCAGAACCUCCUCAAGCCCCAGAGCAAUUUCCAGCACCACGUUGAGCACCUGCUCACAGUGCGCCUGGAGAAGGACAUCCGCAGCACCGACGACUGCCUGGCGCGCCUCAAGUUGCUGGAGGCCCAAGGACGGGUCUGGGGGCAGGAUCUCAUCCUGCAAGUCAAGGACCAGGAAUUGGUGCUGAGGGAUGUGGAGAGCAAGGAGGAGCUGGAGGCUUACCCGCUGGGCAGCGUGCAGGGGUGCUCGGCCGCGCUGGACACCUGCAGCUACAACUCGGUGUUGGCCAUCAGCGUGCAGGAGCGGAGCCCCCCAGGGACCAGCGUCCUGCUCUUCCAGUGCGAGCAACCAGGGGCAGAGACGCUGAGGAGCAGCCUGGAGAAGCUGGUGAAGCGGUCGAAGGAGGAGCAGAAGAGCCACUAUGGGCACAGGCUCAGACCCCCCUCACCCAGAAGCAGCCCGGACAUGCAGCGGCGCCCACGCCCCCAGUACCUGCUGGGUUCCUACGCGGGCCCGGAGCAGUGGGGAGACGCCCCCGAGCCCGACUUCCACGCACCCCCCCAGCAUGAGCUGCCCUCCGUGGACUACAGCUUGCCGGACACCCAGCAGACCCCAUGGACCAACCCCCCGGGCCAGGUCACAUCCAACGCAGACCGAGAUGUUGAGAUCCUCAACCAUGUGCUGAACGACUUGGACCUCUUCGUGGCCCGGCUGAAGACAGCCCUGGGUUUGGUCAGCACCAACAACCUGAAGAAGAAGAAGAAGAAGAAGAUGAAGAACAAAGAUCUGCCUUCCAAGGAUGAAUACAUGGACUUUUUCCAGAAGGUGAAAUACGCCCUCAACCUCGUGGGAAGGACCCACCGGCAUGUGCAGGAACCAGACCCCUCCGUGCUGCUGCAUCUCAUCUUCGUGGCCCUCUCCUUCGUAUGGGGGUGCUGCUCCAUCACCACCUGCCUGGAGCAGGUCCUGGACCACUGCCCCAACACCAGCCUGGCCCCGGCGGUGGAGGCACCACUGCUGGUGCCAGAGGCGGUGGAGCUGCUGGAGAAGACCCUGCACCAGGACGACUACAACACCUGGAAGGCCCUCGGCACCGCCUGGAACAAGUCCAGGGCAGAGUACCCUGACAGCGAGCUGGUGCCCAGCUACGUCCCUGUCUUCUCGGACGGGUGGCUGCCACCGCCGGCGGGGCAGGGACGGCACGGCUGGGGGCAGGACGCCCCGCCGCCUGCCUCAGUUUCCCCAACUCGGUCUCAACACCCGCCCGUGUCUCUGCUACCCACACAGUCGCCGGCCACCAGCCGGAGGGACAGCCCCGGCCAAGCGGCCCCCUUCCCUGCCCAGGGGCUGGUGCGAGCCCUGUACGAGUUUCACGCAAGGAACCCACGGGAGCUGAGCGUCAUGAUGGGGGACACGCUGCAGGUGCUGGACCAGCGGAAUAAGUGGUGGCUGGUGCAGGACAGCUGGGGGCAGAAGGGCUACAUCCCCAGCAACAUCCUGGAGCCCCUGGAGCAGGGGCACAAGGGGGGGCACAGGGCCAGCCAGGACAGCCCCCCCACACUGCACCCCAACUCCUCACCGGCGGAGGUGACAGCCUGGCUGAAGGACAAGGGCUUCUCGCGGAUCACGGUGCGGUGCCUGGGGGUGCUGACGGGGCACCAGCUGCUGCAUAUGAGCCCGGAGGAGCUGCGGGCCGUCUGCCCCGAGGAGUGGCGGCGAAUCCUCUUCAAGCUCUCCUCCGUCAAGACAUCCCUGGGGGUGAGGGAUCCCCAGCCCCGCGCCCCCUCCCCACCCUGGGGUUCCCCCACCAGCUCCCCCCUAACCCUCUCCCUUCCCCUUCUCUGCAGAUAG